AUGGGUUGGUUCGACGGUAAAUCAAGCGCCUCCUCAUCAGGAUAUGUGCGCCGACGGUCGCCAACACACUCCAAGUCCGGAGCUUCACCCACCCGUUCCAAGUCCGGGUUUUCCACUCACCACUCGCGACACUCAGCACCUACCUUCUUCACUGGCCUGGGUGGAGGUCUGGGUGGCAGCCGAACGGGUGGCCGAUCAAGCCCAUCGGUGUUCUCCUCGUUCUCGUCGUCGUCUCGCCGCGCCCGACCCCGCGAGGGAUUCGUGCAGCGCAUGAUCCGUGACAUCAAGAGACUCUUCCGUGAUAUCUACCGAUACAUGCGCCGCAACCCAAUGAAGGUGUUCAUGAUGGUCAUUGUCCCUCUUUUGACAAGUGGUGUUCUGCCGAAGCUGCUUGGCUUUAUCGGCAUCCGGUUGCCGCAUGCCGUGAUCUCCGCCCUGGGUGGGAGUGUGCCCAAGCCCGCUGGAUACCCCGAGGCUGGUGGUCGUGGAAUUUCCGAGAACAUCAAUAGCCUGAUGAACAUUGCCAAGAUGUUUGCUUGA